GGCCCUUGAGGCCUGGAGUUCCCCCACCCCCAAUCUAAUGAAUGAAAGUAAAGAAGGUCCUGGCUGCAUUCAGUUUGAUGGUGUGUGUUGAACACUGUUAUAUUUAGUAUUGGCCCUAUAGCAGCUGAUCGUUGCAUGCACUACUUUUUGUAAGAUGGCAUAGUUUAUGUACCAAAUGUGUGUUGUUUGAGUUGCACUUUGAAGACAUCCACCAAACAGUGCAAAGGCUGUUGUGGGCUGUUUAUGAACUGAAGCUGCGGCAAGUAAUGCUACCCUGGAGGGUGUGGCCUGAGCAGGAAGAGGCCACCUUUGACCAUGCGUUCUCAGCUUAAGGCUGUUGCAGACAUUCCUCCUGAUUUGUUUCACUCAACUCAGUUGACUUUUUGACCAUUGCAACAAUACUCGGAACUGGAAUCUUAGGUCUUCCAGUAACGAUAGCCCAUGCUGGACUGGUGCCUUUCCUGUUCUCCUUUAUUGUUGGAUUCUUUGUCCAGGCCUUGCUAAUCUACCUGUUUGUGGAGCUUCUUCAGAAAUGUCAGGUGAUGCAGCUGGAAUCCUUAAAGACAGGUGUUGCAGAGUGUAUAGUCAUGGAUCAGGUGGGUGUGGAGGAUCCAGUUCAUACUGAGGAAGAAGAUGAUGACAGUGAAAAUGCAGAAGCAGAUACAGGUUUACUACAGCCGGAUGCAGCAGCUCUGCAUGACCAAGCCGGCAGUCUGCAGCCGAACCUUCAUCUGCUUGGGCGAAUCUUCCUCUCCCGCCCCAUGAGCCAUGCUUUUAACUGCAUUCUCCUCUUCCAAUUCAUUUCAAUUGGAAUUAGUUAUGUCUUAGCUGGCAGUGAGGCCUACGCUGCACUUCUUAAUAUCAGCCACAUCUAUGUGAUCCCAGUCUUCACCUGGAGCCUGACUCUUGCUAUUUUACUGGCCCACACAGUUAUUCAGCCAAUCACUUCAGUGCUCACCCUCCUGAAAGGAAUCCUCCUCAUUGUCACGGUGGCUGUGACAUUUGCAGUAGGGUCAGAGGUCGGCCUUCAGAGCAGCAGUGACUUCAGUCAGAUGGGAAAACCUUUCCUAAUGGGCACAGUGGCUCUGGGUGGGAUUGUAAACGUGAUGCCUCUGCUUUUCUCACAGAUCUCACACAACAGAACACAGAUCCUGUGGUUUCGGAGAGCAGUGAUUGGAGGUCUGACAACCUGCACUGUGCUCAACAUCCUCUGGUGCUGGGCAGUGCUGGAAAUUGUCCCGCAGACAUCAUUCCCAGAGAGGAGGAUGACACCUGAAACAGCAACCAGGCCUGACUACAGCAGCCCCUCUGGUCCUCCAUCCUCAGUCUCCUCACAGAAAUACUCGAACAUCUCACUAGAAGAGUCAGAAAAAGCAGGAGAGAUUGCCACUAUUCCCCUGACUAAGAUCAUUAAUGAACGUUACAGGGCUUAUUCGUGGGUGGCUGAGCUGAUCCAGGUGUUUAUAGCCAUCAGCGUCACUGUGUCCUUCCUGGUUAUGGGAUCUGCUAUGAAGCACACCAUCGAUGGUCUGGUGAGCUCACUGUGGAGCAGCAAGCUGGAGUGGCUGACUAAAGCCUGGGAGCCAAAGUUGCCAAAUAAACAGCACAUCUGCUCAGCAAGAAGCGUGGCCAAAGGAUUCAUGUCACUGCUCGGGUUCGUUGUCAUCUUUAUUGUGUCUGUGUGUGAUCCCAGGGGUUUUGUUGUCAUGUUGGACAAAGUUGUGUCGUUCUCCCUCAACACUGAAGUGGGACUGUUUGUCUUCAUCAUGCUGAGAGAAUCCAGAGAGGACAGAUUCCAACAGCUUGCUGUCCCUCUGCCACUGGGCGACUGCGCGUUCAGCCUCAGCUGGCUGCUGCCCACCUACUUCCUGUUUGCAGUAACCUACGACGUCCUGCAGACCCUGGCGGAUCUGGCUCAUUAUAUGCAUUUCUACAACCACGAUCAGGAGCCACACAUUUACAAUCUGACGGGGAGUUUAGCAGCAGCCAAUCUCUCCACCCUCCUCUGAUCUAAGCAGCUAGUUAAGGCACAAACUGGUAGGAGUUAAAAUUGCCAAAAUGACAAGCUUAGCACCUUUGUUUGUUUUUUUUUAUUUGUGCACUGCACUUUCCCAAAAAACGUGUAUGUAUCAAUCUAACAGUCAGCUGCAGCUGCAGAGGGCUCUCUUCUGUUAUCUCACAGUGGCCAUCCUUGCUCAAGUUAGCGACACAGUAGAGAUCAAAAUUUCAGACUGUUUUUUUUUUUCCUUUCAGUGGCCUUCAUGGCAUAUUAGCUGUAGAUUUAGGACUCAUCUAGGGUUUUACUCAAAAUAAUGAAGUGUGGACCCAGUGUGUAACUACAGUGAUCGAAAUUAGAUAAAAGUUUUUGUUGCUAUAAAACAAUAGACAUCUAAAAAUUAAAUUCCUGAUCAUUAAGAACUGUAGAAGCCAUCUUAAUUGGAGCGGCUGGCAGAUCUGCAGCGUGGAUGUUACCAAUUCCACGCCUGCUCCGUUUGAUUUCGUCCCGCUGUUUCUUCAUCUCGUCCUCAGUCUACUAACCGUUGUGGAUUUCUUAGCCAUAGCAUUGUCCUCAGCAGUCAACCAGAGAUUCUCGAUUGGGUUUAGUUCAGGAUUCAGGGUUUGCUAUUUCAUUAUUUCAGGCUUAACAGCUGCAAGGAAGUGCUUUCCCAGUUCUGCAGAGUGAUUACGGAGCAUUGUCUUGCAUAAAUAUUGUUGGCUGAUUAGAAGCUGAUGUCAGGGAGGGAAUAAUCUGUGUUGAAGGAGCUUCUGCGGGACAUUAGCAUUCACCUUGCUGAGGUGAUGUGUAAGAGGCUCAAACUUUGCAGCAGAAAACAUCCACCAAACCAUUAACCUCCCUCCUCCAAACUUAACUGGCUUCUUCACACUGGUGUGGGUGCAUUUGUUUUCCAGUUUUAGUGCAGAACAUGAUGCUUCCUGUGUGAAUUUAUCAUUAUACCAGUUCCUCUGUGUCCACGUGAUCUGUUCCUCUGCAGAUUUCAGUAUACUCUUUUGAUUCUUCCUGUUUGAUGAUUGGUUUGGUCACUGCGGGCUUUCAGUCUGAUUUCUGUAUACCAAGAAAGAACCUUACACCUUUUCAGACGAGAAUCGGCAUCAGUGUUGAAUCAAAUCUGUACUGAGACUUUUCUCCUCUUCUCCUUCGGCUUGUAUAGACGGCCAGCAUUUUAGAGGUAAACUGCUUGAAUAUUCUAGCAGUCAGUGCUCUUUCAACAACCGGCUCCUCUAAUACAUUCAGCCUCCACUUGAACCACAGCCAUCAACAACCAGCAGCUCCCCAUCUUUCAAAAUGAUUGUUCUCUAUUUUUAUGGGGUCUGUCAGAUCCCAAAGCGUUCUCUAGUUUUGAUCACGGUUCCUUUAGAAAUUUUCAUUAAAGUUUUUUUGCAGUUUUGUUGUACAGUAUUUAGAGUGUUUUCAAAUUCAACGCUAUUCUUCAAUGACAUCUUUUUAUUAGUGUUAGGGUAACUUUAAAUUAGAAUUGUUACAGCCUUGACUUUGUUCUCUAAUUUUGGUCUCUACUGUACAAUAGUGCCAUUUUUCUGGGUGUGCUUAGUUCGUAUUAAGUCGACUUCUCUUAACUCUCAUUUUGAGUCUUUUAUACAGCCUUUUAACCAGGCUGCAGUCAUAGCUUCUGAGUCUGUGUGAUGGGUAGAGCACAGACUAACUGGGUAAUAUUUAGAUUGGAAAACAGAUUAAUGUUCAAAAAGCGAGAGACAGGUUAAAUCCUACUGAGAUGAAACGUUUCAGCAUGCUUAGUUUUUUGCAUCCAGUAUGACGGUAAAUACCGUUUGAAAUUCUUAGUGCUGUGCAAAAGUUUCAAGCAAGUAAAGUGAGGAUAGUUUGCAUUUAUCAGCUGUUAACGUUUUACAGAUUGUGAAGUAGGGCGAAACCUAAAUGAAAUCAGUGCUUGGUGUGAGCAGCCUUUGCCUUUUAAAUCGGCACCAAUUCAUGUCGGUACACUUGCACAAAGUUCUUUUAAGUCAUUCGGAAGGCAGGUUGUUCCAGGAAUCCCAACAGUUCUCAUGUGGAUUUCCUCUGCCUGUGUCUUCUGUCUCUUCAUGUAAUCCCAGACUCACUCCGUGAUGUAGAGAUCAGAGUUCUGUGGGUGUUACACCAUCUGUUACAGGACUUCUUGUUCUUGUUGUGGCUGAAGUUAGUUUUUCAUGACUGGCUGUUGCGAGGCAUCUUCAUGCUGUAUAAUGAAUCUGGGCUGCUUUCCUGAAUAUGGUGUCUGAUAAAUGGGACUAAACAUCAGAAACUUCUGCACAGUACUAUUUAUUACUUUGUUAUAGAUUUACUCCGUAACGCCUUAUGCAGAGUAUAAAAAUGGCAUUUAUUUAAACAGUAAUGUAUAAUAGUAGAGUAAGUUAUAUAGUUAUGACAUAGGAAGAUCUCUUCUUCAGGGUUUUUCAGCCUUUUCUGCAGUCUACAUUAUUUUCAUACUAAUAAUAUUGCAGUGCACACACAGGCACACGCACACACAAUCAUGUUUUCAUAUCAAUGUGGGGACAUCUAAUUGACAUAAUGCUUUCUGUAACCCUGACACUAAAAACCACAUUUUGAAUCUCAAAAAUACCUUCAAACUCGUGGGGACGUGGAUUUUGUUCCCAUAAGGGCUGUUGGUCCUCACAUGUAUAGUAAACUUCCAAUUUUUGGUCUCCACUAAGAUAUGUAAACUAGUACAGGCACACACACACACACACACACACGGAGGACUUAAAGGCAGCGUGUCACUGCACUCCACACAGCAUUAGUACGCACAAUGAAAAGUUAGACUAGAGAGGCUCCCAGUGGUCUCUUUGCAUGUUCACAAAUGCAGGAACUUUUGGUUCAGCCAUGAGCUCCAUUUAGCCUCCAGUACACAAACUAAACCUGAGAAAAAUGUGUAUUUUAUUAUAACCAGUUGACUGAUUACUCAUGUCUAGGGCAUGUACUAUAUAGCAUUUGGGGAUUCAGGAUUAGUCUGAUGUUUAAGGUCUACAAAGGUAACUCACUUCUGACCACAGCAGGUUAAGUUGUCAUGCAGUGCAAAAAAAUCACCACCUACCAUCACCACUCCCAGAAGAUCCCUCAGACCUCAGUAGGCACAAAAUAACUGUAUCUUUAGUUUUAAGAGACUAUGUGAAGUCUUUCUCUCUGUGACACCAUCAAUAAGAAAUAGAGAGUAUUAGAAGCAACCUCCUGACCUGCUUUUUUAAGUGCUGGUUGCAAACAACUUUAAAGCCACUCUAUUUUUCCGUAAGCCUUAAAAUACUGAUAUAAUCCUCAGACAGGGCACUUAAGCCUUUUACUUGUUGACCUUGUAUAAAAUUUGUAAGUCGGCCUCCUUACUUACUGGCAUGAGCUGCUUUUUUUUGCCAGUUUUACUGACCACGCAAAGCUUUUAAAGCCCACACACAUUCAUGUGGGGCUUUUCCUACCACACAGCUGCUGUGUUUAGGCCACAUUGUGUUUAACCUUGUUUCAUUUCUCUAAUAAUCAAGUUUAUUAUUUAAUUUUUACAAUCAAUGCCACUGCUGACUUAUCAAUGUUUGUGUCUGGUCACAUGAUGCCAAACUCUGGGAUGACUCCCAUCCUUGUUAGAUAAAGAAAAGAUAUAUCUGGGGUAGGUUGAACUUGCUUUGUGUUACAGCUGCUUGAUGUGUUUACCUGGGACCUGUAAACCUACAAAGUAAAGCACACCCAGAACAUUUGGUUGGUUUCUGAGUUCUCCUACCCCAACAUUGUUAACAACUUGGUAAGCCCGAGCCUGAAUUAAAAUUACAGCUGUCUUUAAAUUAACAGGCUGUUGUCUGAUGUAAGAAAGGUUUAGCUUUACUCUUUCAGCUUCAUCCUACGCUUUUUGUUGACAGCGAGCAAAGAAAAAAGUUGCUUUUGAGUCUAUUUCUAACCGAUGCUCAUCAGAGAAAGACAAAACUGUCUCUGAAACCUCACAAAACUGGAACAGCGAGUUUCUGAGCAAUCUUCAGGAAUGAUGAUGCUGUUUUCCUGAGAACCGAUUGGUCAGUAGACGGUGAUUCUGUGCAUGUUGAUAUCUUACCUGCCGCGGAGCAGGGUUAGCCUGCAGCACAAGUUAAUAUGCAGAUGUGUCUUGGUAAGACAGUGACAGUGAAAAGCCAGGGUCUAGCUUCGUAGUACAUGCUUGUGAGCAUUUCACCGCGUCGCUUUCAUUUAAUUUCGAUGGGUCAGGGUUAGCUGGGAAUGCAGCAUGCCGCUUCGGUUUGAUUGCUUUCUGCAGAAGCACCAGCCUGAGGACGUUUGAAAUCAAAGAUUUACUGUUUUAUUAAAGUCGGCUAUUUUUGUUUGACAUAUAUUAAAAAAAACAUGUAUUCAAGAUUGCCAUUCAGUCGUAUUCCUUGGUGUUAUUUCAGCACCGACACUCUACAGACACAAAUAAAAACUCAAAGCUCUUAUCAAAAUAUAUUUUAUUCUGCACUUAAGUUUCACUGAUCGGACUUAAAUGAUGACACAUGAAAGUGAUGCGAGCUGCAGAGAAAAACAAAGAGGCUCGGGGAGCCCAUCGCAGGCGCUGCCGGGCUGACUCUGUGGCACAGACCAAAUCAGGGGGACCCUGCCCGUGUGACAUGUUGGGAGGAAUUUCAGCACUUGAAUGCUUUGAGUACAGGGAAGUUAAAAAAAGAAAAAGAACAGGUACAAAAUAUCAGACUUUUAACACUGAUGCAUGAAAACCGUCAGCCCAGAAGUAGAAAUUUAUUACAGGGUAGAGAAGAAGAAAUGAGUUAAUUUGCAAUUGUACAAACUUUUCUCA